UGUCUCUUUUUGUGGUCGUCCUUACAUGAAACGGCGUCGUUACGUCAGAGUUUUGGAUAUUUCUUUGCAAUUAUCCAUAUCUCAUAUGACUAGAUAAACUCUUUGCAAAACAGAGACAUUCCUUGCUUCGUGGGUUGUGAAGAAAAAAGUCAUCACCAUUUUGUUAUGUGGAAUUUAACUUCAAAAUCCAAUGAAGAAGGCUUUAAAUCAAAGGGAGAAGAUGCUGUCACAGAACCGCUAAAAGCUCCUUUAGAUGAUGGAAGAAAGACAAGGAAGGAAGAAAGACUGGAGUGUCCCAUCUGCUGGGAACCAUUCAACGUAUUUGAGAAUGUGCCUUACGUCUUAUACACCAUCUGCAAAGAUUGUCUCUUAGCUCUCCACCAUGCCGUUGUGAUCAAAUCCUCAGGUUUUCCGUUACACCUCCCCUUCUUCGUUACUUGCCCUUGGUGCAAUAUGCUCUCAUUAAGGCUAGUACGCAACGGAGCCAUCAAGUUUCCUUCCAAGAACUAUUACCUUUUAUGGAUGGUCGAAACCAUGAACGGCUCUCGCAGUGACAACAGAAGGGUCACUUCAGGGGAGAGAGAUACGAAAGAGAGGUGUGAUGGAGUGAGUAACAACGCUUCAGAUGUGACCAGAGGAUACUUGAGAACUGGGUGGCUUCAUGGGUAUAUAUGUAAGUCAAUGGCUCUUGUUGCUCAUUUGUUGGCUAAGUUUCCUUUGGUAGUCAUGUUCCUGUUGAUGGCUUUAUAUGCGAUCCCUGUGAGUGCUGCAGUUCUCGGGGUUUAUUUCUUUGUCACUAUUGCUUUGGCUGUUCCGUCGUUUCUAGUUCUCUAUUUUGCUUUCCCGAGCUUAAACUGGCUGAUCAGAGAGAUCCCAGCCUAACUCAUUGUUGUACUAUCUCUCUCUUGUUGUUCCUUUGUGUUUCUUGACUUGUGAGGAACAUGAAUUAUAGAGUCAAACGUUGUUAUACUCAGUUUAUACAAGAAGAAGAAGAAGACUUUUAUUUCAAA